AUGAACCACCAAUGCGUGGCCACUAUCGAAGGGCAAAACUCCUACACGUCGUCCCUUGUCCUAACAAGAAACUUCCUAUAUACCGGCUCCUCGGAUAGAGAAAUCCGUACGUGGAAUGUCAACACCGGUCCAAGUGAUUUUGAGGUGAACUACGAAAAUAUUAGCACGAUUUUGGCGGGAAAGGGCGCGGUCAAGGCCCUUGUGGCCUCGUCCGAUAAACUCAUCAGUGCUCAUCAAGACCACAAAAUCCGAGUAUGGAAAAUCGACCAAAACGAUAGCAAACUCGUGCAACUCGCCACACUCCCGACGCUCGGAGACCGUGCACUCAAGCUCCUGGUCCCGAAGAACCACGUGCAGAUCAGAAGGCACAAGACCUGCACGUGGGUCCACCACGUGGACACUGUCUCGGCUUUAGCCCUGUCGAAAGACGAAUCGCUUCUUUACUCGGUUUCUUGGGAUCGGGCCCUCAAAAUUUGGAGGACGGCCGAUUUUCACUGCCUCGAAUCAGUCGCGAAUGCACAUGACGACUCGAUAAACGCCAUUGUGCUUUCGGAAGGUGGAUACUUAUACACGGCAUCAUCCGACAAGAAAAUCAAAUUAUGGAAACAAAAUUCAGGCCGAAAAACGCAUACCUUGGUGGACACGUUAGAAAAACACGGUUCGGGGGUUAAUGCGCUUGCUUUAAGCCGAGAUGGGUCGGUUUUAUAUUCGGGUGGCUCCGAUGGGUCAGUAUUCGUUUGGACGAAUGUGGGGUCCGGUGGUAUGGAGGUGGUGAGUGCACUAAGGGGACACACGAAGGCCGUAUUGUGUUUGGCUGUUGAAUUGGACUCCGUGUUCAGUGGUUCGGCUGAUAAUACAGUGAGGAUUUGGAGCGGAAAAACACGCUCUUGCUUGGGAGUGAUUGAAGGGCAUAUGGGGCCUGUUAAGUGCAUUGCUGUAUCUGUUGAUCACUGUUCGUCGGAUGGUGUGCAGGUGUACAUGCUAUAUAGUGCUAGCCUUGACUGUGAUAUUAAGGUUUGGAAGGUCUCUCUUCCUGUGUAUUCUCAAGUUGAAAACGUAAACCAUAGUUAG